AUGCGACUCUUCAGCCUUGUUUGGCUGUCAAUCGUCACACUGGCGGCCCGAAGCCAGUCCCAGGAGGCCAACAGGACUUUCAACAACCCGAUCCUCCCGGGUUGGAACUCUGAUCCCAGCUGCACGUUUGUCAAAGAGUUGGACAACACGUUCUUCUGUACCGUGUCCUCGUUUUUGGCCUUCCCGGGUGUUCCUAUCUACGCCAGUAAAGACCUAGUCAAUUGGAAGCUUGCGAGUAACGCGUUGACACGACCCGGGCAGGUGCCGGAGCUCUACCGGAACUCGGGACAGAAUGAGGGCAUCUGGGCGUCCACGAUCAGGUUCCGCGACGGAAUUUUCUACCUCAUCACGUCGUAUGUCUCUUGGUACGAAGGUUGGGGUCCCAAGAUCCUACUCUUCACCACCGCCGAUCCGUAUGAUGAUGCCUCGUGGACCGGACCACUUCGUAUCGAGAACCCGGCAAACGAUAUCGACCCGGACAUCUUCUGGGACAAUAACAAGGUGUACAUGUCCGUGGCUGCCGGCAUCUACAUCAGCGAAAUUGACCUUUCGACUGGCGCGGCACAUGAGCCCGUAAAGGUUUGGAAUGGUACAGGAGAUCGCAACCCCGAAGGACCACAUUUGUACCGGAAGGAUGACUACUACUAUCUGUUGAUUGGAGAGGGUGGAACGGAGACCAACCACUCUGUUACGAUUGCUCGAGCCAAAGAGAUAGCGGGACCGUAUGAAGGAGCACCGCAUAACCCAAUUCUCACGGCCAAAAAUACCGACUCGUAUUUCCAGACGGUGGGACACGCCGACCUCUUCCAAGACGCCUCAGGGAAUUGGUGGGGUGUCGCAUUGGCGACCAGGUCGGGUCCCGCGUGGGAAAUCUAUCCCAUGGGCCGUGAGACCGUUCUAUUUGCCGUCAAGUGGGAAGACGGAGAUUGGCCGGUGCUUGAUGAAGUACGCGGCGUGAUGGAUGGACCUUUGCCUUCGACAAACAGAGAUAUCCCCGGAGAUGGCCAUUGGGUAGACGAGCCAGACGUUGUUGACUUUGCGCCGGGCUCGGAGAUCCCUAGACACUUUCUCUUUUGGCGACCACCGAAGACAGAUCUGUUCAGAAUCUCACCGGAGGACCAUCCCAACACGCUGCAGAUAUCUCCCUCGCCAGUCAACCUUUCAGCAACACCAGACUUCAGCCCAGAACAGGAUGGUCUUGGAUUCGUCGCCCGUAAGCAGAGUGCCACGCUGUUUAACUACACCGUCGAUGUAUUAUUCCAGCCAAUAGUCGAAAACGAGGAGGCUGGCAUUUCGGUCUUUUUAACACAGUUCCAGCAUAUCGAUCUAGGCAUCGUCACCUUGCCAGCUUGUUUCAACCAGUCGCUAGUUCCACGGUUCCGACUACAAGUCGAAGCAUCAGGAAAGCCCAACAUGACUAUCCCCGAAACAGUCCUCAUACCAGUGCCAAAAGCCUGGAGUGACUCCAAGUAUGUGUUCGGCGCAGCUCCGGCAUCUCGCCCAGAAGAGUAUAUCGAGAUUGGAUCAGCGAGCGCGUUGAUUGUCUCUGGAGGCAGUGGCCCGUUCACUGGUAAGCUCCCUCAGCAGUCCGCUGUCUUUGAAUGUCCUCUGAUGAUUGACACGGCAAUCCUGUAG